AUGGGUUCUUCAGCAUCAAAGGUCGCUGGUCGAGCCGGAGGAGCUGCAGCUCGCCGUCAAUAUCCUUCAACGCCUUCCAUUGUCAACUCCGCCCCUUCACCUGCCGAUCCUGCAAGAAAACCUACUCCCGCAGCCGAAGUGCAUCCCAAUAUAACUGCUGCCCCUCCCGCAGGCGAAAAGACUGAACAUGUAGAGCUCGAUGCACGAGAUCCACAGUUCGGCUCUGCUUUGCGCCGAGUUGGGGUGGCCAGACCUGUGACGGAGAGAAGACCAGACGAAGACACCUUCCCAACCUCGAGCCAACCUAUGCAUUCCGGACAAAACAUCUUCCCAUCUGACGCGAACAAUCCCGCCAUGAUGCUUGUCCACGCCAGAAAACGAAUCGCUGCCCAAUGGGAGUCGGAGCUGGAAAACCAAGGCCGGCCUGGCUUCGCGGGUAGAACGCUGCUGAGCGUAAAAGACAUCAAAGAGGCUUUCACAUUAAGAGACGAGUUGGGCAAGUCCCCUCAAGAGAUAGAAAAACAGAUGAGGUUGAAACCGGGAGUGCUUGACCAGUUGGUGGCAAAGGACGUGGUGGCCAAUGUUUGA